AUGGACUGCCGCCUGCUGGCCCGCGGCCUCCGCGCCAGGCCAACCCCAUUCCUCCAACAAACCCAAGCACUCCCCCGAUUCUCCCUUCUUAACGUGCGCUACAACUCCUCCGACUCCUCACCAAGCACCCCACCAAGCCCUAAAGCCGCCGAAAGCAAACCCCAACCCCCGGCACCCAAGCCGGCCUCGGACUUCGAUGCCAUUCUCAACAGGCUCGACCUCAACCAACGACCGCGUGAAAAUGCCGCUCUCCAGAGCUCCUUUAUGACCUCCUUCAACCGGGUAAUUAACCCAAAUUUACGGUCCGCGUCUCGCGCAGCUCCGCCAGUCCGCAAGGUCGAGAUGAAGCUCGGACCUACUCUUGGUCGACAGAUUCCAGUUGAGCCUGAGCGUGGCGUUGAUCUCGGCAGUGCGCUCCGCAAGCUUGGUCAGACAAUUGGCCAGAACAGGAUUCGUCAGGACUCUCUUGCGCAGCGUUUCCAUGUUCGCAAGGGUAUGGUGCGCAAGCAGAAGAAGAUGCAGCGCUGGCAGAAGCUUUUCAAGGUCUCAUUCCAGGAUACUGUGAAGAAGAUCCAGCGUAUGCAGGCGCAGGGCUGGUAG